AUGUUUGAAAUCAUGGAUGAGAGCGAAGCUGACGAAGAUAGUAGUAAGCUAGUAGUCGUAGCCAAGGAUACCGACCACACCGAUGGCGCGAAGUCUUACCAAGCAGAUCCAGCAAAGCAGGAAGAAACAGAAGAGAAGAAGGUCCCAGGUGAUUCAAGCGAGGAACAUGAUUUAGAAGCCGUACGAAAGGUUCACUUCUGGGAGCUCUUCAAGUUCGCGGACGGGUGGGACGUGCUGCUCAUGCUGUGCGGGUCAACGGCCGCCAUAGGGCUGGGCGUCGCGUUUCCGCUCAUCUCGCUGCUCUUCGGCGACCUCACGGACGCGUUCGGACAGAACUCCGCCGACCCCUCCGCGUUGCUCGACGCCGUCACUGACGUGCGUGCUUGGGGCAGAAAAGGGGGGAAAGGGCGGGGAGGGGGAGAGAUGAACGAGGGGACCAAGAUGGCGUGUUGGAUGACGACGGGCGAGCGGCAGGCGGCGCGGGUGCGGCGGCGGUACCUGGCGGCGGUGCUGCGGCAGGACAUGGCGUACUUCGACCGGCGCCUCAGCACGGGCGAGGUCAUCGGGCACAUGUCGGGCGACAUCGUGCUCGUGCAGGACGCCAUGGGGGAAAAGGUAAAGGGCAGGACGCCAUGGGCGAGAAGGUGCGUGCAGGCCGCCAUGGGCGAGAAGGUGCGUGCAGGCCGCCAUGGGCGAGAAGGUCCUGAUGGGACUCGUGCCAGCACUACAUGGCGCAGCUGGGCAGGAGCGUCAUCAUCGCGUUCUUGCCCCGUCAGAAAUAUCUUCCCUAACUGUUCCCUUCUUCCCUCCCCCAUCCCCUCCUCUUUCAAACCCCUCCUCUUUCAAACCCCUCCUCCUUCCACCCACUCCCAGGUGGGCUCGUUCCUGCGCUACAUGGCGCAGUUCGCGGGCGGGUUCAUCAUCGCAUUCCUGGCGGGGUGGCAGCUGGCGCUGCUCAUGCUCGCCACGCUGCCUCUGCUCGCGGGCGCGGGCGCCAUGAUGGCACUCAUGAUCUCCAUCUCCUCCUCCAAGGGGCAGCUCGCGUACGGCGCUGCUGGGGUGAUCGUGGAGGAGUGUGUCUCCGCCAUUCGCACGGUGGCGGCAUUCACGGGCGAGCACAGGGCGGUGCAGCAGUACUCGUUGAAGCUCAACAAGGCGUUUCGCGAGGGCGUGAAGCAGUCAGUAGCGGCGGGGGCGGGACUGGGCGUGACGGUGUUCAUCAUGUUCUCCUCGUACGCGCUCGCACUGUGGUACGGCUCCAAGAUGAUCGCCGAUGCCGGGUACACGGGAGGGGAUGUCUUCACCGUGCUCUUUGGAGUUAUCAUCGGCGGCGUAUCUCUGGGACAGGUAGCACCAGAAGUAACAGCCUUCGCCUCAGGGCAAGCGGCAGCGGGGAAGAUCUUUGAGGUGCUGGAGAGGCAACCUCCAAUAGACAGCGGCAGCGCAGAGGGGGAGCGCCCAGCGACGUGUGAGGGGGCGCUGGAGCUGCGCGAGGUGACGUUUGCAUACCCGUCGCGGCCAGACGUGCCCAUCUUCCAGAACUUCAGCCUGGCAGUGCCGGCGGGGCGGACCAUGGCGCUGGUGGGGGAGAGUGGCAGCGGCAAGUCGACGGUGGUGGCGCUGGUGGAGCGCUUCUACGACCCGCAGAGCGGAGCUGUGCUGCUGGACGGCCGCAGCAUCGCCGCUCUCAACCUGCGCUGGCUGCGCCAACACAUGGGGCUCGUCAGCCAGGAGCCCGCGCUCUUCGGCACGAGCAUCCGCCAGAACAUCGCUUAUGGCAGGGAGGGUGCCACCGACCAGGAGAUUCAAGAGGCCGCACGCCUCGCCAACAUCCACCAAUUCAUCUCCUCGCUGCCUAACGUGCGCCCUCUCGCUCCCUCCCUCCCUCUUGCACGCUUUUACAACCCGUUAUCGCCCUCUAUCUCUCUCCGUUUCACCCCAUAUGCACUCUCUUUCGCUUGUGCCGGCUACGAGACGCAGGUGGGGGAGAGGGGAACGCAGCUGUCGGGGGGGCAGAAGCAGCGGGUGGCGAUCGCGAGGGCGAUUCUGCGGAAUCCGCGGGUGCUGCUGCUGGACGAGGCGACGUCCGCAUUGGACGCGGAGAGCGAGCAGGCGGUGCAGGCAGCACUCGAUGCGAUCAUGGGCGCACGCACCACGCUCGUGGUGGCCCACCGCCUCUCCACCGUGCGCCGCGCGCACUGCAUCGCCGUGCUGCAGCGGGGGCAGGUCGUGCAGACCGGCACCCAUGCCGCGCUGCUCGCCCAGCCCCAAGGCGCCUACGCCCAACUCGUCCGCCUGCAGCAACUCGCGGGGGAGGGAGGGGGAGAGGGGAAGGGGGAGGGGGACGAGGGAGGCGGAGGGGGAGUGGAGGGAGAUGAGAAGGUGGAGGGGGAUGAGAAGCAGGGUUCGAGUUUGAGUCGCGCUGGUGCUGAUGAGAAGGAGGGCUUAGUCUCACCGGAAGGAGGAUUACAGGGCGAAGCAGAGGCGGAAGGAGUGCCGGCAGGUGCUGGUUGUGUAGCCACGACUGGUGAUGGUGGGACGAAGGGGACGGAAGGGGAGCAGGCAGGUGAGCGGAUGAGAGACGGAAGGGACGUGGAGAGUGGGGAUGGAGACGAGCAGGGAGAGCCGGGAGGGGAAGGGAAAGGCCGUACGGGCUUCUGUAGCAGGCUGGUGCGAAUGCAGAUGGGAUUGAAGGGAGGGAGGACAGGGAACGGAGAGGUCCACAAGGGGACCGAAGCGAAGGAAGAGGCAUGUGCGGAGGAGAAGGAGGGGGAUGAGGAGGAGAAGAAGGAGAAGAAGCACACGUCGAUCAUCCGCCUGGCGACCCUCAACAAGCCCGAGUGGCCGUACGCGCUCGUGGGCACCAUCUUCGCCGCAUGCUACGGCUUCAUCAUCCCGUUCUUCGCGCUCAUCCUCUCCAACAUCAUCACCACAUUCUACCAGCCCGACCUCACCAAGAUGCGCAGCGACGCGGACUUCUGGGCGUCUCUCUUCGUGGUGCUGGGGGCCUCCGCGUGCGUGACCUCCUUCUUCCAGUACAUGUUCUUCGGCGUUGUGGGGAACGCGCUCAUCCGCCGCGUGCGGAUCAUGUGCUUUGCCAUGGUGCUGCGGCAGGAUAUCGGGUGGUUUGACAUGGAGGAGAACUCGAGUGGGGCUAUUGGGGCCAGGCUUGCUACUGAUGCUGCGCAAGUGCGGAACAUGGUGGGGGAUCAGCUAGCCUUGAUCGUGCAAAACACCGCAACGCUCUGCACGGGCUUGGUUAUCGCGUUUCGAGCCAAUUGGCAGCUGUCGCUGCUGGUGCUCGCUCUGAUACCACUGCUGGCGAUCGCAGGGACGAUGCAGAUUCGGGCGAUUCAGGGGUUCGCAGAUGAUGCCAAGGAGCAGUUUCAGGAGGCGUCGCACGUGGCGAAUGACGCGGUGGGUGCGAUGCGGACGGUGGCAGCGUUUGGAGCGGAGCAGCGCGUGCAGGAGCUGUACAACGAGCGCUGCAGCACGCCCAUCCGGGCCGGCAUCCGCAAGGCCCACGUCAGCGGCGCCGGGCUGGCGUUUGGGCAGUUUGCCAUCUUUGCGGUGUACGCGCUGUCGUUCUGGUUUGGGGGGAAGCUCGUGGAAUGGGGCUAUGCGACCUUCACUGAUGUCUUCCAGGUGUUCUUCGCCAUAGCCAUGUCAGCAAUGAGCGUGGCAAAGCAGUCCGCACUGGCCCCAGACAUGGCCACGGUUCAGACAGCAGUGAACUCCAUAUUCCGCAUUUUGGACCGCCAGUCAAAGAUUGACCCGGAGGCGGGAGGGGAGGAGCCCGAGGAGGUGCUGGGCGAGGUGCAGUUCCACGCCGUGUGCUUCGCGUACCCGGCUCGCCCCAGUGUUGUUGUGCUUCAGGAAUUCAACCUGGUCGUUACAGCAGGCCAGACGGUGGCGCUGGUGGGGGAGAGUGGCAGCGGCAAGUCGACGGUGGUGGCGCUGGUGGAGCGCUUCUACGACCCGCAGAGCGGAGCCGUGCUGCUGGACGGCCGCAGCAUCGCCGCACUCAACCUGCGCUGGUUGCGCCAACACAUGGGGCUCGUCAGCCAGGAGCCCGCGCUCUUCAACAUCUCCAUCCGCGACAACAUCGCGUACGGCCGCGCCGGCAGUGGCGGUGCCAGCGGGGGGGAGAUCAGCGAGGCGGAGAUUGUGGAGGCAGCGCGGGCGGCGAAUGUGCACGGGUUCAUCUCGGGGCUGCCGCAGGGGUACGCCACGCUGGUGGGAGAGCGAGGCGUGCAGAUCUCCGGCGGGCAGAAGCAGCGCAUUGCCAUCGCUCGCGCCAUCAUUGGUGACCCGCGCCUGCUGCUGCUGGAUGAGGCUACGUCAGCCCUGGAUGCGGAGAGCGAGAAGGUGGUGCAGACAGCACUGGAAAAGGACGCGACAAUGGGCCCGGCGACGCCACAGCGGAGUAACUAUGCGGCCAUUGCGGGCGCAACACUGAUCCUGGUUAUUUUUCAAGUGUGCACGUCGGGUGCAUUCGGUCAGAGUCUACAUGUAGGUGUACAGCCAUUGCAGGGGGCUGCAUCCUCCUUCCUCUCCACAGGAGCCGCUAAGCCACAUGCACAAGCCACCAAGCCACCCAUACAAGUCGCCGCCAAGCUACCCACACCACCACCCAUGCCCAAAUCCAUCUAUGCUACCACUAAAGCCGCCAGCGUUAAGAAGCCUCCACCAUCCAAAGCGCCAGUUAAGACGCCAACCAAAACACCAGCACCAGUGCUGAAGAAAAAUCCUCCGAUUCCCGUUGGGAAGCUGACUGCCGCUCCGCCAGCAAAACCACCGGCAAAGCCGCCGGCCAAGCCACCUGCCAGACCACCGCAGGUUCCGCCACCCAAGUCUCCCGUCAAGCCGGUAGUAAAGCCGCCGCCGGCUCCUCUCCGGCUGACGCCGAUUGCGGCCGUGCAGCAGCCGCCAUGGCCGUACUCCAGCAUGAAGAACAUCCCCCCUGAUGUGCCGCCGCCGCCCUAUCCUCCUGCUCCUCCUGCCCUGCGCGUGCCGAACGUGGGAGUGAUGACGAACAUCAUGGACGUGUGCCGCGUGUGCUCCGCGCUCCCGUACGACGGCGCGUGCUACAGCGACUACGUGUCGACGUGCGUGGCGGCCAUGAACCAGCUGCGGCGGAACGUGUGGAAGGUGCCGGACCAGGUGUGCGACUGCUACAGCGCCAUCGCCAGCCAGAUGAUUCGCAUCUGCCCCGGGAUCGACCGCCGCGUCGCCUACGUCCGAAACUGCGACUCUUACUGCUUCUACGGCGCUCGCUGCACGUUCGUGCCAACUCUGUACGCGUUGCUGACGCCCCAGCACGUGGUCACCACAGGCAACUCCACUGCCGCCCCGUCCGGGCGCGGAGUGGCAGUACUAGACCUGCAGCCCAACAUGACAGCCAUGGCUGGUGUUAACUUCCUCAUCCAGCUCUCCUCCGCACCCGCCACCUCCUCCUCCGCCUCCUCCACCUCCUCCUCCACCGCUCCCACUGCCCCACUCCUAAUAACGGGGGCCAGCGUGUACAAUUCGAUAAUGGGUUCUGAGGGGCCGCAGACGCUGCCGCUGCUGGCAGCGCAGGCAAACCAGACGAUGGGAUCGGACGGGACAGGGCGUGUGGAUACGGCGCUGGGGCUGCUGCAGCGCAUGACUCUAGAGCCGUAUAAUUUCUAUAUCCAGGUGGAUACCCCUGCGGGCAGCCUGCGCGGGCAGCUGGUGUUCUCUCCGCACCUGUUCAGCCUUGCCACGUCCAGGAACGUGCCCACGAGCUGCGCGAGCGGGGAUUGUAUGGCCAUUGUGGACCUCGACAUCUCGCCCACCAACAUCGUGUACUCAUUCGCGUACUCAUCAGGGGUGGCGGGCAUCAUAGGCGCGUCAGUGAUCCAGGGAGUAGCAGGCUCGUCCGGUGCGCGCCUCUUUGACUUCUUCUGGCCAGGCGCCAACGCGCCCUCCUUCACCAAUGGCGUCACGCCACCUGUCACGGCGAUCCAGUCGCUGCUGACGGCGCCCCAAGCACACUACAUCUACUUCACCACGCAACUCAUGCCAUUCGGCGCGCUGAGAGGGCAGUUCCAGGAUACGAUGCACGUGACAGCAGUGAUGUACGGCGCCAGUGUCGUCAACUUCCCCGGCACCACGACACAGGGGCAGGGGUCGGGUGCAGCGGGCAUGGGGUUCUUUGACGCAGUGCUGGGCGGGGGCGGCAUCUGCUACACCUUCCGCUUCUCCUCCUCUGUCAAGACCGACUGCAACUAUGCCUACCUGCACCAGGGCGAGUUGAACAAGCGGGGUCCCAUCUACCUGUAUCAGACGCUGCGCAUCAUCCCCGGGCAGCAGCUGUGCGUGCCAGCAGACCCUGAUAUCACGGCCGCCAUGGCUCUGCGCCCCCAGCGCUUCUACGUGCAGGCCUACUCCCUGCAGUUCCCCUACGGCGCUUUCCGCGGUCAGCUGCACCCGGAUAAGCAGAGCAGCGGGCUUGCUGUUACUUUCACGGGGCAGAAGAAUGCACCCACUCACACUCGCCUCAAACACCACCCCUGCGGCCCCCCUCUCACCCCCUCUGCCGCCCCCACUCGCCCUUGCAAGGCCCCCGUCCCCACUGCACACGCCACUACCAGAUCCAACAUCCCUCCACGCCCCCUCCUGCCCUCCAUUCCCUCUCAACCCGCUGCCGGUGCAGCCAUAACUGCUGCUGCUGGUGCUCCUGGUGGUGCUGCUACUGCUCAUUGCGUCGGUGGUGGUGGUGCGAGACUUGCUGCAGGCGGCAGCAGCAAGGAUGGACUGGCGAAUGGAGGAGUACGGGAGAACAAGGGUCAGCAGAGAGGAGCAGUUGGUGAGGAGAACACGGCCUAG